CGCCGCAGGAGCGCCUGCCGAGCGCCGAGCAGCCGAUGGGGGAUGGCGGCCGCGGCUCCGUGAGGAAAGGCGAGGCCGGGGGCCGGGACCGGGACCGAGGACCGGCCGGGCCGCGGGCCCGGGAGAGCGCGGCCGGAGCUCCUCCUGUCCCAGCGAGGACACCUCGUCCAGGGCCAUGAUGCCACUUCCCCAUCACCCGCGGGCAGCUUGCUUAAGCUAAGGCCGUGGGAGGAAUCAAGCUGACUCUUGUCAUGAGACCACCGCCCUCCUGAGUUUGAGGGGCACAGACAGCCAUGGCAACUUUGGAUGACCCGGGGGAAGUGAGAGAAGGCUUCCUUUGCCCUCUGUGCCUGAAGGACCUGCAGUCUUUCUAUCAGCUUCAGUCUCAUUAUGAGGAAGAACACUCUGGGGAAGACCGUGAUGUCAAGGGACAAAUUAAAAGUUUUGUGCAGAAGGCAAAGAAAGCAAAGAACAAGUUGUUGAAACGAGAGGGGGAUGAUCGAGCAGAAGCAGGGACCCAUGGAUAUGAGUCUUUCAGCUAUGGAGGGGUUGACCCUUACAUGUGGGAGCCCCAGGAGCUUGGUGCCGUGAGAAGCCAUCUCUCUGACUUCAAAAAACAUCGGGCUGCAAGAAUUGACCAUUAUGUUGUUGAAGUCAAUAAAUUAAUAAUCAGGUUAGAGAAGCUCACUGCAUUUGACAGAGCAAAUACAGAGUCUGCAAAGAUUCGAGCAAUAGAAAAAUCUGUGGUGCCUUGGGUCAAUGACCAGGAUGUACCUUUCUGUCCAGACUGUGGGAAUAAGUUCAGCAUUCGAAACCGCCGCCACCAUUGCCGCCUCUGUGGCUCGAUCAUGUGCAAGAAGUGCAUGGAGGUCAUCGGCCUGCCCUUGGCAAAUAAGCUUACCAGUGCCAGCAAGGACUCCCUGAGCACCCACACCAGCCCCAGCCAGUCACCCAACAGCAUGCAUGGCUCCCGCCGGGGCAGCAUCAGCAGCAUGAGCAGCGUCAGCUCGGUCCUGGAUGAGAAGGAUGAUGACCGGAUCCGCUGCUGCGCACACUGCAAGGACACGCUGCUCAAGAGGGAGCAGCAGAUCAAUGAGAAGGAGCACACGCCCGACAUUGCGAAGCUUUACGAGAAAUUACGACUUUGCAUGGAGAAGGUUGACCAGAAGGCCCCUGAGUACAUCAGGAUGGCAGCAUCGCUCAAUGCUGGGGAGACGACCUACAGUCUGGAACAUGCCGGAGACCUCCGAUUGGAAGUGCAGAAAGUGUAUGAGCUAAUAGAUGCGCUCAGUAAGAAGAUCUUGACCUUAGGCUUGAACCAGGACCCUCCACCACAUCCUAACACUCUGCGGCUGCAGAGGAUGAUCAGAUACUCGGCUACGCUUUUUGUGCAGGAGAAGUUACUGGGUUUGAUGUCCCUGCCAACCAAAGAACAGUUUGAGGAACUGAAGCAGAAGAGGAAGCAGGACCUGGAGCAGAAGAGGGCCAUGGAGAGGCAGGCAUCCCUGGAGUCGCAGCGAAGGCUUGUGGAGAGGCAGAGUGGCCUGUCAUCUCGUGCCGCCAAUGGGGAGGUGGCGUCUCUCCACAGGGGCCCUGCCCCCCUGAGAAAGGCCGAGGGCUGGCUCCCACUGUGGGAAGGUCAAGGACAGAGUGAGGACCCCGACCCCCUUCUCCAGCAGAUCCACAACAUCACGUCGUUCAUCAGGCAGGCGAAGGCCGCGGGCCGCGUGGACGAGGUGUGCACGCUGCAGGAGAACCUGCGGCAGCUGCAGGACGAGUACGACCAGCAGCAGACGGAGAAGGCCAUCGAGCUGUCCCGGAGGCAGGCAGAGGAGGAGGACCUGCAGCGGGAGCAGCUGCAGAUGCUGUGGGAGCGUGCGCGCGAGCGCGAGCAGGAGCAGUUCCGGGUGUCGUCACUCCACACCCGGACUCGGUCCCUGGACUUCCGAGAACUGCCCCCCUUCCAGCUGGAGCCCAGCCGAGGGCCUGGCGCCCACCUCGCUUACACGUUGGAUCUGGACUUGUCCCCGCCUCAGGGCAGCCCGGCUCCCGAGACCCCGUCUCCUGGUGCAGCUCCCGUCCAAGCCUGGUCUGUGCCCCAGGCCCCUGGCCAGGGCUUGUCGCAGCACAACGACAUGUCCUCCCUGAACCCGUUUGCUGAGGACCUUUGCAGCCCCAUAGGGGAGGGUGUGGCCAGCCCUGCUGCUGCAGAGGUGGCACCCUGCCCUUCCGCUGCCACCCCCAGGGAAUACAAUCCUUUUGAAGAGGAGGAGGCAGGCGAGGAGGAGGCGGCAUCAGGGAAUCCCUUCGGUGACCCCGACAGGCCAGCGCCCAACCCCUUCGAUGAGGAAGAUGACCACCCCCCUUCGAGGCCCUUGAGCCCUCCUGCCCCGGGGAACCCCUUUGAGGAGCCCUCCUGCACCAACCCUUUCGAGGGGGACAGUGACGGCCCAGAGGCCGAGGAGCCCAUUGAGGAGGAGCUGCUUCUCCAGCAGAUCGACAACAUCAAGGCCUACAUCUUUGACGCGAAGCAGUGCGGCCGCAUGGAUGAGGUGGAGGUGCUGACGGAGAACUUGCGGGAGCUGAAGUGCACCCUGGCUAAGCAGAAGGGGGGCCCUGCCUGACUAGCAGGGCAACAGCUGGGGACAGGAGAGGAUUGGGCAGGGGACUGAAGGCAAGGAGGACCGCUGGUUGCAUAGGUUACGGGUGGAAAUCUGCAUAUUGUGCUGUGCACUUUGGGGCAUUUCCACUACACUUGAGUAAUACAGUGCAAGGAGAACAGGAAGAAUCAGCAUUCAUUUGCUGGCUUUCCUGCUUUUAUUUUUUAAAUUUGGGGGAGGGGCUUUCAAAGGGACAUUCCAUUUUUAUAGCCGAGAUCUACUCAACGCAGCUGUUGGGCCAUGGCAGAAAUGGCCGCCAAGCACCUCUUGGCCCAUUUGCUGCUACCUCACCUGGGUCUUGGCGCACUGUUACAGGGCAGUG